AUGAACAAACGACAAGGAACGAACCGCCUGCACAAUUUCCUAUUCCUGGCACUGCUCCUUGGAGUUGCCUCGGCUGCGCCUUGGAAGGUGGAUGAGUUUCCCAAACCUGACUUUGGAUUGAUUGCAGAUCCCGACAAGUUGCUUAGUGAACAAAGCUUACAAGAGAUUGCCGAUCGCAUCGACGAGAUCACCGACAAGGUGGAGGUCCCUGUCCAAAUUGCCGUGGCCGUUGCCUCCAAAAUGCACCUUCCCAACAACUUUUACCAAGACGAUCAAGACAACGGAAACAACCCAGAUGAAGAAGCAGCCGCAGAAGAAUUUGCCAGAGGGCUUCACGACAGAUGGGGUGUCGGAAUUGAUGGUGAAUCAGGAGGGACUGGAGUCUUGAUUUUUCUUUCCGUGGACGACCGAGUAAUGUACAUCUCACGAGGAAGCUCUUUUGACACUUUGCUCCGCAAUUCUCGAAUUGAUUCCAUCAUUAAAGAUUUGCGACCUAGUAUGCGACAAGCCAAAUAUGGGGAAGGACUAGUUUUGGCCGUCGAACUCAUCGGAACCUACAUUCAAAAGGGAGAACCGAAAUGGGACGAAUUGGUUUGGGAUUACUUGAGAAUUGAGUAUUUCUUGUUGUCUGGUUAUGCGCUUGCAAUCUUGGGUUCCAUGCGAGCAGCUCGAAGGCGCCGAGAGGCCCAACGGGUCUAUGCCGAAGCCGCAAGUCAAUUGACUGCCAUCGACCGGGCCCAAGCGGAAGCACUUCAAGGACAGUUCAAUGCUACCUCCUGUCCAAUUUGUUUGGAAGACUUUGCGUCAGACACAACUGGAUCGGACGAUCGACCUAUCAAAUUGUUACGGUGCGGACACGUCUUUGAUGCAUCGUGUUGGGAAGAAUGGGUCAAUAGUGGGCAGGGACAGGUGUCCAAGUGCCCGAUUUGCAAAAAGGAUGUGGGAGAAUCAAGUGUCGCUGCUGGCGAACAACCGCCACAAGCUGAAGCCAUGGCACCAUUGGACGACACUGAUGUACGUCAACACGAGCAUCUCCAUCACGAGCAUCAUCGCCAUCGUCAUCAUCAUCGCCAACACAAUCGUGCCAUGCAACUCUUUCAACAAGAUCGCAACUUUCGUUUGACUCGAUUGGCCAUGCGGUAUCCCAAUGUAGUUUCACAACAGCAAGUCCAACGAUGGAGUUCUCCCACCUACAAUGGACAGCUCGCACAAGAUAGGUCAUUUGUGGAAAGCCGGCCUCGUGCUCCCGUUGUUCAAAGUGCUCGUCACAGCGACCGAAUGGGAGGUUCUUCUGCCAGUUUUGGAGGCGGCACUUCCUCUGGUGGUCGUGGAGGACGAUUUUGA